CGGAGGAGGAGGAAAAGGCCAGGAUAUUCCUGAAUGAACGGCUCGCUCCUCACCCAUCACCUCCGCCCGGCUCCCGCCUCCCUCCCGCCACUCGCCGGUGUCUCUCCGAGGCGCAGCCAGUUUCUAUAGCGACGGCGCUCGCUGAGCCGCGGCUCUUCCGAGUAGUAACAAAGCCGGCCGCCCGCCGCCGCGCCGGGGCUGCGGGGGGAAGCGGCUGCCUCUGCCGAGGACACCCCGACAGGACAAAGAGAGAACAGAAAGCAUACCAACGAUGAAUCAUCUGUUUUUGUUAUCAGUCAUUCAGACCCUUUGGUGAUGGAUGGGUGAAUAGAUUGAGCCUAGAGCUCUAAGCCAGCUUGGCAGCUGGCAGGUAUUGGAGGAAUAACCUCAUGACCUAUGCUGCUGAAAACUAAGCUUUUGUGAAAAGAAUGGAGGCAUUUUUCAUAGCAGUUUACACAGCUGACCAUAAGCCAAGCAUGGAUCAGUACAUCACAUUCUUUUUUGCCCAUGUGGAGGAGAAAAGGCAUUUCUUGUGUUCUCCGCUACUGAACCUUUCCAAGAAGUUCUUUCUCAUGGAAAAUGGACGCCUGGCUCAGAGUAAAGGGCAUGCAGUGCACAAUCCCUAGGAGAAGCUGAAAAUGGAUGAUGUCUACUGAUGCUUUUCAAUGAUGUCAUCUCCUCUUUUUCUGUUUGAGAUGGGUGAUAGGAAAAUGUUCUAAAAUAAGACUGAGUGACCUCUUCAUCCCUUGACUUCUCUUUCCACGAGUCUGAAAACCAUCUGAAGAAAUGACCACUCAGCUACCAGAGGAGUCUGUGGAGACCCAGAGCUCAGAUGAGCUUGAGUGCAAGAUCUGCUACAACCGCUACAACCUGCGGCAGAGAAAACCCAAAGUGCUGGAGUGCUGUCACAGAGUGUGUGCCAAAUGCCUUUGCAAGAUCAUAGACUUCGGUGAUUCCCCACAAGGAGUCAUAGUGUGCCCGUUCUGCAGGUUUGAAACGUGCCUGCCAGAUGAUGAGGUUAGUAGUCUUCCUGAUGACAACAACAUCCUUCUGAAUUUAGCUUGUGGGGGAAAGGGAAAGAAGUGCCUACCAGACAACCCAACAGAACUGUUGUUGACUCCCAAAAGGCUGGCAUCUCUGGUUAGCCCUUCUCACACCUCUUCUAAUUGCCUGGUUAUAACAAUCAUGGAAGUACAAAGAGAAAGUCCCCAGACUCUGAACUCAACCCCCGUGGUGGAAUUUUACAGGCCUACAAGUUUUGACUCUGUUGCAACUGUGUCCCACAACUGGACAGUGUGGAACUGCACAUCUUUGCUCUUCCAGACCUCGAUUCGGGUGCUAGUGUGGUUGCUAGGGCUGCUGUACUUUAGCUCCUUGCCUUUAGGGAUUUAUUUACUGGUAUCCAAGAAAGUCACCCUUGGGGUUGUCUUUGUAAGCCUUGUUCCUUCGAGCCUUGUUAUUCUCAUGAUUUAUGGCUUUUGCCAGUGUGUUUGCCAUGAAGUUCUAGACUGCAUGUCAUCUUGAUAACAAAUACAGUAAAAAAAGGUGUAUUACCAGAUGUCUAGCAUAGUUGAUUUAUCCUGUUUUUGUAUUCUUUGUAUUCUUAUUUAUUCUUAUUGUCCAUCCCACUAAAUGGAAGCAGUGGCCCUAGUUACAUGGUCCCUUUUUUCCCAACUGAAUUUGAAACCCCUCAUCCCAAGCAUUUUUUGAGCUAAGAACUGGAAAUAAAAAUUACAUGUUGAUUUUGAAAGGCUGAAUUUUAGAAAGGGAUAAAGCAAAAUCACCAAACCUGGUGCCUGCUGCUGCUGCCACUGUUUAAAUAAGUAGGACUUUGAUUUGUAUUGGACUGAUCAGAUCAGUUCAUGCUGUAGGAUUCACCCAGGAAGAAAUUACUGUAGCAGACACCUUCCAGAUGCAAAUACUGCAUCUCUUCACCCAAAGCAUCUCAUGCUCUGAAAUACCUGUUAUUUAUAAUCCAUCAUCAUUUAUAGCAAAUUAAAUCACUCUAUUAGUUAAUAUUAUAAGAAUAAAACAAACUACUAAUUUCUUUCAUUCUUGUUACAGCAAAAAUACUUGUGGGAGGCCAAUAUUUUUUUUUAAUGUUAAAAACUUGUCUCCAGAACACUUUCCCCAAAGAGAAGCCCAUUUUUCCUUGUCAUAGAGUUGCAGCUCACUGUGAAAUAUUCCUGCUAAUGAGUACUUCUGGGGACGCAGCCACGUGUUUGCUGUUCUCCAGGUGCACUUAUUUCAGUGUACACACCUUAGGCUUCCCUUUGAGAGUUCAGAGCUAUGCAGAUUUCUCUAGCUAUGUUCUGUUAUGCUUACCCUCCCUCCCAGCAUUUCCACCACCACCAGUGACAUUUCCAAGCCACCAGUCCUUCCUAAUGGAUGACCAACCUUAUGCACAUGUACUCUGUGGCAGCUGUGCUGGAGAAUUUGACUUAUGUGACUUUAGCUCUCAAGAUAGACUUUUAUUCUGAACCAUUAGGAAACAGAUCUUCAAUCAGUAACACAAAUUUGAGGGAAAAAAAUCUGAAAUGGUUAACUGGGGUUUUGUUUGGUUGAUUUUUUGGGUUUGUGAGUUUGUUUGUUUGUUUGUUUGUUUGUUUUUGUUCUGAGUUCACAGAAUGAGUACUGUAAGAAGAUAAUAUGACUUUUGGAAGAUUUCUGUUUAAGGCUUAGUCCUUCAAAAUGUUUUAAUACUCUGAACUCCCCCUGUCACCACUGUGAGUAGAUGGCAAUCUAGAUAUGGCAAUUAGCAUGUCUCCAUUAGUGGAGCUCAGAGGAAUUAUUGACACUUUACCAUUCCACAAAUAGAACCAGGCCCUGUAAGGCUUGCUUGUAUGUUGCAUGGUUUAGGCUAUUUUUUGAACUACUGGAAGAACACAAAAAUAAGUAAUAUUUAAUGUUUUUGUGUAUAACUAGGUCUAGCAACACCACAGCUGCAAAAUGGUUUUUUUGUGCACAGCAGAGUGGAGUUGAGCAGUGCAAGCCUGGUUUUUGGGUCUGGCACAAGACUUAGUCAUUUCAGGGCAGUGUAAAAGGGAGAGGGGUUUGUUGCAUGAAAAUUGAAUGUAUGGCCUAACAAUAUACUCUUAGAGCAAACAGACUUUGGUAAGAAUGAAAAAAUGACAGUGGGAAAAGCAGAGCCUGUCAAGAGGAUUUGAAGUUAAGCUGGUUCCAUUUUUGUAGAUGGCACAGGUGGUAUCUGCAGUUUUAUUCUUACUGCAAACAGAGAAAAUGUGGAAAUGUAAAGGUCCUGCUUUUCUUGACCCUCAUUUUAUAAUAGUGCAUAUAUAUGUGUGUGUAUGUACAUAUAGACACAUAUGUGAGAAGAAAACUUACAGCGAAAUUAUAGUUUUCAAGUGUAUGGAGUUAUGGAGCUAUGUAUUGAAUGAUUAAAGGAAAUGUUUCAGACUUUUCUGUAAUGACAAUAAUUAUACCUAAAAUAUUUUCAGAAUUCCUAGAAAAUGCUGUUCCUAAGUAGUUGUUUUUAAUGUUUGUGGUAAAGCACAUGUAGUUAGAAGAGGAAUCAUCUCCAGUCAAGGUUUGACUCAUCUAUGAACUCAUAAAUUUUAAGUAUCCAACAACAAUCAUGUCAAAAAAAAAGAAAAAUAGAAACCUAUGUGCUUUUACAGAACUUCAUAACUUUUGGAAAGAUGUAUUUGUAGUGUUAGGGGUUUAUAUGUUUUAGGACUUGUUCAAUUUGUCUGAAUAUAGUGUCUCAAAUAAAGGGCUGACUAACAGAA